GCGCCAGAGUGAUUCCAGAGAGCGCGCGCGGCGGCCGCAGCAGCAGCGUCGUCGCUGGCUCUGAGCGGCCGCUUCGCAUUCAGCCUCCUCCCUCCCCGGAACAGCGCGCGGCGGCGGCGGCAUCGACCGACCGACACCAGCGCCGGUUUCUGCGCGUGCGGCGGCGCUUCCAUCCGGCCCCGGAGCCUCGCGGCGCAGCAGUAGCAGCGCGAGCCGGCGCGCGUGGAGUAGGAGGAUCCGCCUCUCUUCUCCCCCUCCCCCCCGCGCGGCGCGGCGCGUCUCUCUCCGCGUUGCUGCAGAAACAAAGGAGAGGAGCGGCGGCGGCGUGAGCUCCUCACCGGGCCGGGACUCGCCCCGCUCGCGCCGGGACAGCCAACCCCUCCCCCCCGCCGCCUUUGUCUGGCCGCAGCAGAACCGACCACUCGCCCGGGGCCCUCGCCAGCAGCCCCUUCGAGCAGCACAGAGAUGGCUCAGGAGACAAACCAGACCCCAGGGCCCAUGCUGUGUAGUACCGGAUGUGGAUUUUAUGGGAAUCCUAGGACAAAUGGAAUGUGUUCCGUCUGCUACAAAGAACAUCUUCAGCGACAGCAGAAUAGUGGCAGAAUCAGUCCAAUGGGAACAGCCAGUGGUUCAAGCAGUCCUACCUCAGACUCUGCAUCAGUUCAGAGAGUAGAUGCUAGCUUAAACUGUGAAGGUGCUGCUGGCAGCACAUCUGACAAAUUAAGAAAUGUGCCUGUUGCUGCCUUGCCCGUAACACAGCAAAUGACAGAAAUGAGCAUUUCAAGAGAGGAAAAAGUAACACCGAAAACAGAGACAACAGAGCCAGUUGUUACUCAACCAAGUCCAUCAGUAUCUCAACCCAGUACUUCUCAGAAUGAAGAGAGUGCUCCUGAAUUGCCCAAACCAAAGAAGAACAGAUGCUUCAUGUGCAGAAAGAAGGUUGGCCUUACAGGAUUUGACUGCCGAUGUGGAAACUUGUUUUGUGGACUUCACCGUUACUCUGACAAGCACAACUGCCCAUAUGACUACAAAGCAGAAGCUGCAGCUAAAAUCAGGAAAGAAAAUCCAGUUGUUGUGGCUGAAAAAAUCCAGAGAAUAUAAACUAACCUACUUGUGAAAAGACUGACUUUGUUUUUAUUUUAAUAUAUCCUAGGAAAACAUUAAAGAGCAGAUGCAUGGCAUUUUCUUUUGAUGUUCUCCAGAGUUUUACUUUAGUCUUGUCUGUCUUAUUGAUAUUUCAGGAUGUUUGGGUGUUUGUUACAGGCAGAAUUGGAUAGAUACAGCCCUUCUAAAAUGUAUAUGCCCUCCCCAGAAUAAAAUUGGAUUAAUUAAGACCUGCACAGGAAGCUAGAAAUGCACAGAGGACAAAUUGUCUAGUUCACAUGUGCCAAACAAAUGUGUAAAAUCUGCAUGUCUGCAGCAGAUCUGCCUUGUAGGAAUGUAAUUGAGGUAUACCAUCUUUGGCUAGUGUUACAUGCCUGUUUGGGCGGAAAAGAUACACCAGAAAAAAGUUGGCAGUCUACUUCUAUCAUAGUUAAAUCUUCUCCUAUCUUUAAUUUCCACAAUUCAUUGUUUUGAAGCAGAAUGUGAGCUUACAUAGAGGAUCCACCUUACAUAGAGGAGUGUUGGUGCCAUAUUUAAGAUAUAGUUAAAGUUGUUUAAUGCAGCAGGAAAAGUGAGAAAUUCUGAGACUUAAAGGGUGUGAAUGAUCCUGGAAAUGACUACAUUAUAUAGUUCAGAACAAUCAGAGCAGGUUCCCAAAGGAAAUGCCCUCUUAGAAACUUGAUGAACUGGCCUGCAACAGAAGGUUUGUCUGCUUUACUCUUGCAUAGCUAAAAAUGUUGUGUAGCACAAUGCUGUAAGAUUUUUAUUUACAAAAGAAAAAAAGCUAUUUGAUUUUAGAUUUACCACAGCAGCUCUAUCAAGUAACAACAAUAUUUUGGCAUCUAAGUUGCAAAGAUAUUUGAGCAGUUUAAUUUUUCGUGUAUCUUCAUGUUGGGUUCAAGAGAAUAAGAGCUUUUUUUAUUUAAUAGUUUUUUAAAUAUAAGAUGGCACCAUUCUGCAUGGAAAACCAUACCCAACAUAGCUGCUGUAGACUUAAGUGGUACCUGGCACCACUCUGAGGGCUGCUUUAUCAUUUUUAAUUGUAUUUGGGUGUAGGACUGUAGUGUUCUUGGGUGUAUUGCAUGGGCUGCAUUAUCUACAGCAUUGUACAAUAACUCUAGAAAAGGCAGUAUACUUCACUGAUGCUUGUCUGGUAAUAUCACUUCUGUGUUAUAAUGGAAGUUUUUUUGUGAUGUAUGAAACUUGUUUUUUAUAUAAAUCAGUACAGUUUAGACUAGUGUUGUGGUAAUGCCUGUUAUCAUCUGUAAAUAGUUAACUACGUACACAAGGCGCUACUUCUGAUUUUUAUUGCAGUGUUCAGUCUUAGUUUUUACUUCACUAUUAAAAGCAUCAGGUUUUUUGCUUUAACUUUGUCCUUCAGUUCUGAGUUAUUAGAUAUGCAAAUGUGUACAGAUAGUUCAUAUUUAUGUAUUGCACAUAAUCAUGCUACCCAGCAUCUAUGCUAUGUUGUAUUAUGUAAAUAAUAAAAUCAUGUACAGAGGGAAAUAAUUCCUUUUGUUAUAGUUCAUUGGGUUUUGAGUUACUGGGUAAUACGAGGCUGUCUUGUGGAUGGGGGAAGGGCUGCAACUUGAUUCUAGAUUCUGCUAUGUGGGAUUUUUUUUUCUGUGCCUUAAGCCUGCAUAUUUCUAACCUGUUUGGCUUUCAUUUACCAAUUUAAGAUGGCUUCUUUGGGUGAGAAAAGCAUAGCAGAUGGAAUACAAACUAAUUUUCUUGAUGUCCAGAUAAUUUCAGCAAAUAACAGUAACAUCAUGUCUACAGGGAAGAAGGAGAGCAUUAGCUGUGAACAAGUUUUUUUUUUUUUUUUUUCUUCCUGCUUUGCCUAUGAAUCUAUUUCCAAUGGAUCUCUGGGACCACAUAACUAGUAUACUGUACAGCACCAUUUUAUCCAAACCUCUGAAAGCAGGAGCAUUUCCACUGGGCCCCUCCCUGGGAUCUAUACCUAAAUGUGGAUUUCAAAUAUGGGGCUGUGAGAGUUGCCCUUCCCAGCUAUGCAAAGAAGCCACAGGUUGGUGUGCAUGACACAUGGUAACUUGUUGGAAAGAGGCAGCCUUCACCAAUGGAUAAAACAUGGGAACUACUUGUAAUGGAAACAGAUAAAAGUUGUCGUCCAUCCAGCCUACUGACUCUGCAUGUGCUUGCUUAUUGUCACUGCUUGUUCUUAUGACAUGGGGAAAGGGCUUGCUCUGGAGCUUCACAUGCCAAGAUGAGGAUAAUCCAUAUCGGUAUAAGCCAAAAGGAGCCACACUAAAGCAAUGAAAAGUACCAUUUCUCCAGCCCUGGAAUUUAAAAUAGAAAGCAUGAUGAGAUCUGUUACCUUCUGAUCCUGAGAAGUAGAGAAUUGCGCAUGGAUAUUUGAAGAGAAUUCAGGUUGGGAGUUUGUGGGUAGAGAACCCUAACUAUAUGCCAUCAAGAACAGUUUGUGAAAACAUGUCAGUGAUGUCAUGGGUUAGUAUGAUUAAGGGAUUAUCUGAGGAAGUAUGGGACACAUGAAUUAAAUAUUUCACAUGAGUUUAAAUUCACAUGGUGUUUCUCAAAAUCCCUGACAGUUAUAGUUUAUAUCAUGUCCAUCCCUUUCUCAGACAAAUGCCCAUCCCUUUGACUUGUAAGAUAACAGAGUAUAGUGUGUGGGAAAGGAGUGGUAUUCCCCUUCCUGUACGGUAUCUGUAUAUUGGUAUAACUGUGUCCACACUAAGGGAUUCAUACCACUUAAACUAUAGCAGUAUAGUUAAAACUGUAUAGCUUUUCAAUAUAGACAAGCCCUUAGGGACUAGGUGGAGGCACUGGGUCUUGUAUCAAUGCUUCAACCUUCUGCAGAUGUCUUGAGAGCUGUGGGAGCUAUCUGCCUUUGACCACAUGAUAUGAGGGCAACUGUAUGCUGCUCAAGACCCAUGUCUUCUAACUAAUUAGCCCUUUCAUAGGAACCCAGGAGCUAGGUGUAAUAUUUAUAAUAAACUUGGCACCUCAAACCCACUGGUCGAUUCCUUGACUACAGUGGUUGUCUUUAAUAUCUUGACAGAUGUCUUUGCAAGUGCUUUGUGUCACCCCAAUGUGCAUAGUAUUCCUAUGUGUUCUCUAUUAAGAGCCUACUUGUCAAAGCAAACCUGUAAAGAUUUUAUUGGCAACAAACAGCAGCUAUUGUCUUAAAUUGAAAAUGCAAAACAAUGCUUUUUAAAAAAAAAAAAAAAUCUGUCAAGUGUAAGCCUGAUGCAAACUAAUACAGCAGUUAAUUUUGCUUUGGGGAAUGGAUCCAUAAAUUCAGUAGUGAUGGGUUUGUCAGUCCUCCACACUGCUGGAAGCAGAGUCCAAUAUUUUUGAUUGGCUGACUCACUCCAGAUAACUCCUCCCACUACAGAGCCCUGCCAGAAUUUCCCCUGCCUCCAAUGUUGUAGCAGUGUACUCAGGUGCUCUAUAGAACGACCAUACCAUGAUUAACUUGUUUUCUUUUCCCUUUUUUUCUAGGGUCUUUUUUCUCCACUCUCCACUUCGUAAUGCAGAGAUAUUGCCUUGGGAAGGGCCAUUAAAAUUCACUUCACAAUUGCCUGGAGUGCCAUGGGGACUCUUAGCAAGAUAUCCCCCAGAUUAGCCUUGGUAAUGGCAAAAAAGCAAAAUAGGGAAAGGGCAGGGUCUGUGCUCAGCAUCCUUGGCUGAGUGCAUUGAAGGGGGAAAGUGUUCAUUUUAUUCCACUAGUUUUGAUACUACUGCAGUUAGAAAGCAGGCUGCCAGCAUGCCCCAUAGGACAGGCCAGCAGUAACUGCAGACUAACAAGAGGCUUGGAGGGGGCAGGUAUUGAUAUCAGGAGUUUAAUCUGUGGCCACUGGCAUGGACAGUGCCCCAUCACCAGGUGAACUAUGAAGGUCUCAGGAGCUCCAGCCUACUGAUCUGACAGUCAUCUUCCCUCCGCUCCACCAGCCAAAGAAUUGUGAUAGGGCUACAUAUGUUGCCAAGGACGACUCCCUCUCCCACACUACUGUGCAUGUUGUGGUCAGGACAUUGCCUCCAUUUGUUAGGGGUGCUAACAACCAGGAGUGGCACAGAGAAAUCAAUUUCCUGCUAUUGCCCCUUCUUCCCUUUAUAGUGGGAGCAUAGUGGUUAUUUUGGAGUCAAAAUCUUGUGCACCCCAAGUAGCCAUUUUAGAAUUGGUUCUUAGCCUGCCUUCUUAGUGGUCAUCUUAGUGUAUAGGACUUCCUUUCUGAACUCUUAUGACUUUGAAUCCUUGGCCCUCUCUCCUGCUAGUACUCACUUUAAGUGGAGUAAGGGUCUGUGACACAAAAACCCCUUGGAAAGGGUCCCCUGUUCUAUGUGAACAACUCUCACCUCAGCCGUGAGAAAUUCACUACACCAAAGGUCUUCCAGGGUAUCUACAGAAAACUUGUCAAGAUUCGUAAUCAUUGUGAGAUGUAUGUAUAGGUAACAUUUAAGGAACAAUGUAUUGAAAAUAUGCUUUAUGUACUUGAAGUAGAAAUUAGUCACUAGGCAAUAAUGUGAUAGCCCAUUUGGGCAAGGAGGAGUUGUCACCCCACCCUGUUUGGCUGGGGAGUGGGAGAGGGGGGGAUGUAAUGCAAGGUUCAAUGGUUUAGCCUUGCCCAGUACUAAGACUUUGAAUGAGAAACCAUCAGAGGCUAUGACAGACAAUCAAAGCCACUUAAAGGUAAAAAAAAAAAAAGAAA